CACGUACUGCUUUGCCCAGUAUUCAUUGUCAGUGUUCAAACUUUAGUGAUAAAGUGUGCUCUGUGAAAAUUCUCAAAAUUUCCAAUAAAACUAUCAAUCAAUAUUAUCCAAAAGUAAAUAAAAUGGCACCUCCAGCAUAUUCAGACCUUGGAAAACAAGCACGCGACAUCUUUGGAAAAGGUUAUCAUUUUGGCUUGUGGAAACUUGAUUGUAAAACUAAGACAGCCUCUGGCGUUGAAUUUAAUACAUCUGGUCAUUCCAACCAAGAUUCCGGCAAAGUUUUCGGUUCUCUCGAGACUAAAUACAAGUUUAAAGAACAUGGAGUGACAUUCUCUGAAAAAUGGAACACAGACAACACGUUAACAUCUGAAGUUGCAGUCGAGGAUCAACUCAUUAAAGGUUUAAAGUUGGCAUUUGAUGGUUCAUUUGCACCACAAACAGGAAACAAAACCGGCAAAGUUAAGACCACUUACUCUCAUGACGUCGUGCGUGUUGAUGCUGAUGUUAACAUUGAUUUGGCCGGACCUUUAAUAAAUUUGUCUGGUGUAGCUGCAUAUCAAGGUUGGUUGGCUGGUUAUAAAACCGCUUUUGAUACCCAAAAGUCAAAAGUUACUGUUAACAACUUUGCCCUUGGUUACACAACUAAGGACUUUGUCCUUCAUACAAACGUAAACGACGGUCGCGAGUUCGGUGGUUUGAUCUACCAACGCUGCUCUGAUCGUUUAGAAACUGGUGUUGAGUUGUCUUGGGCAUCUGGUACCAAUGCCACUAAAUUCGGAAUCGGAGCCAAAUAUGCAUUAGAUCGUGACGCAUGUGUCCGUGCUAAGGUCAAUAAUUCAUCUCAAAUUGGUUUAGGUUAUCAACAAAAAUUGCGCGAUGGUAUCACUCUAACAUUGUCAACGUUAAUUGAUGGCAAAAAUUUCAAUGCUGGAGGCCAUAAAAUUGGUGUUGCACUUGAACUCGAAGCUUAGAAAUCGUCAGUUACAAUAACAUAAGCACUGCAUAAAAGAUUGCAUACGUGCGAGCAAAGCAAACAUAUUUGAACCUAAUUAAAGCUAAUAUACGAUUACCGUUGAAAGUUACAAUUUUAAAACAAUUUGCGAAACGUCAGUUAUUUAAAUAAUCUUGAAUUUUCAUUUAAUUUAGUUUUGCUCACGGAAUAUUUUGAAAACAAGCUCGUAUUUUUUUUUUUCGUUUUAAUUAAAAUAACAUUCAUUGAAGACAAAUUUACUGUAUUUGCUUACCUUAUUAAGAAAAAAGUUUAUUCAACUAGAUGGAACUACAUAAAAAUGAAAAAUAAAUUAAAGUGACGAUUUAGUGAAAAUUAAA